CGGCGGACACCGAAAAAAAUAGUAACGGACUUCAAUUGAGCGACCCGACGACGACGAGAAAAGUCAUGUAAAAUAGAGAGCCACUUGCUGCUCGAUGGAUACAGAAUAUUCACAUGACGGCGAAAAUUUGUAAAGCGCUGAGUACGUACUCGUACAUGUGAAGUGUCCUCUAGACCUACAUACACCGGACCGCGACGUGUGUCGAUCUGCAUCUUUUCAACUCCAGUGCGACCGACGCAUGCGGGCGAAACAGGUGAUCACCAGAUGAGCGUCAUCCAGACUCAUGAGAACAAAGGGGCGCUGCGUUCUUGUCCGGUUUAUCGCGACACUCACGACGCCCUUUGUUAGUGUGUUCACACGGUCCCACUUUGCCCGUUCGCAAGACCUGUAGCGUUCCCGACCACAUGGUGCAAUUGUAGUAGAGCUGGUGGCCCAUAGGCGCAGAGCCAAAUGACCACGCCGAAGAUCGAUGAGCAAUGAGUUUCUUUCUGACGUAGAUGGACGUCUGAAUUUUUCAAAUGGAAUUUUGAUGUGUCAGCAACUUUUACAGGUAUUGUAUGUUUUUUCCAACGAGCUCAAGAUGCAGCGUGACGUCGAUCGGCGUCAGGAACGUGCCAUUUUUUUAUAUGCGCAAGUGCAAUACAUCGCCACAGCGCUCACUACGUACUGCUGAGCAUCCUCCUGUGGAAGGACAAGAACCCGUAAAAUAACAUUCCUCCUUAAAUUAUUAGAGGAUCCCGUUAUUUGAUGUACAUGCAGUUGCAAAAGCAAUUACAGCAAGUACGUUUUUGCAACUACCAGUCGAUUACAACAAGUACGUUUUGCAACUACCAGUGACAACUCAAUCGGAGGCACAGAAAAAAGAAAGGAUGCUCCUCCGCGUUCCUCUGGUCUUACUCGCUUCGUUGGCGGGAAUAGCAGUCCAGUUUUACAUUUUUCAUGUUGAGAGACAGCUUCUGCUCAAUCCCGGCUACCAGGCGGCUUGUGACUUUGCUUCUUCUGGCAGCUUGCCGCCGUUCAUAGGGAGCUUACUUUAUGAUGGAAAUACUUUUGCGAGUUCGACUCUAACCCUACUCCCAAUUCCGUGAGUGAGUGAAAGCAAAACCGAUUUUGAAAAACACUAUACUAGCAAUAUGUUACCGCCUGAUAACUACUCGAAAACUGAAAGUAACCGAGUUACUGACUGAAAUAAGGGAGGUAGUUCUGACGGGGCUACUCUUCCUUGUUCAGUAUCUCGCUUAUUGUAAGUAGUUACUCGCUUAUGUCAGUUAUUUUUCGAAUAGCUUUAUCGGUUUGCCUUCAAUUUCCUACGCUCUACUCUCGUUUCCGUUCCAAGGCUCCGGUUCUAAUGUGAACAAGGCUCAUCCUGCACAAAAGUCUUUUCGUCGAUUUAUGCGCGGCCGCUGAGCCACUGGGGUGUCGUCUCACCAGGUAGCGACUUUGACUUGGGCCUUCCCUGGUUUGGGCUCGUCUACUUUCUGACAACACUGGCGUUUCCGAUAGCGCGAAGAAAAUUUCCGAACACUGCGCACAAAUUCUACCUCGCUUUGGGCAUCGCGUCUGCGGGAUUUACGAUUUACCUGGCUUCGAUUCUGAAGUUCAUCCUGCAAGAGUUCUGCAUCGUAUGUGCUUCGACGUAUGUCCUGAAUGCAAUUUGCCUGGGGGCGUUUGUACUAGAGUAUAGGGCAAAGGAGCAGCGAAUGCUUGAUGCAGCUGGGGGAAGGGAGAAGAAGAAGCAGUAGAGCAACUGAUUGCCUUUGCAUGAUAAAGCCGUCUCGUCUUCUGAUCUGCUUCUUUGUUUCAAAAUCACAAAAAUUCUUUGUCUUCGCCUCGGUCGUGUCAUCAUUGACUACGCCAGUCGUGGGGGUAUAACCAUUGCCACACAU